AAACAGCAUCAUCCAGUGUACCAUCAUCGACCUGCUGCUAAUUCUGUUGACAUUUGCUUCAAGUGCUGUGAUGGGGAUCCCCUGCCAAGCCAGCUGCUACCUUGUGAAUAUUGCUUCUUCAGUUCUUCUUCGUGAUUAAUUUAUCACUGCCCAGUUGGUUCCUGGACAUAAAAAGUACAGUAUAUAUCGAUUUAUGCAUAUAUACAUAACCUAAAUAUCCUGGUGCCAGUGGGAGACCUGAGGAAGCAGGAUCCAGCCUGCAUUGUGAAAACGCUUUUUCUCCUUCCAAACCUGUCUACAGAUUUCACUGUGGCCUCCAAGAUGGAUCUCCGAUGUUCCCUGAAAGAAUGCACCUUGGCUCUUAACUUAUUUCUAAACAACAAGUUUUCAGAAGCUCUUGAAUUAUUACGUCCUUGGGCUAAAGAGAGUAUGUAUCACGCUCUUGGAUAUAGCACCAUCUUGGUUAUGCAGUCUGCAAUGACAUUUGAGCCACAGGAUAUCCAGAUGGGAAUUGGUACAAUGAAAGAAGCAUUGCAGACGUGUCAAAAGUUCAGGAAGAGAAAUUCUGUGGUAGAGUCCUUAUCAAAUCUGGUGUCAAAACAUACAGGGGAACAACUAUCUGAAGAGGAAAUGCACGCUGAGAUCUGCUAUGCAGAGUGCCUCCUGCAGAAGGCUGCCUUGACAUUUGUGCAGGAUGAAAAUCUUAUCAACUUUAUCAAAGGUGGGCUCAAAAUAAGGACAAGUUACCAAAUCUACAAGGAAUGUCACCAAGUUCUUGCAGCGAUGACGAAAGAAGAUAAGGAAUCAAGUGACACUCACAAACAGUUUGAAGGGGGUGUUAAACUAGGUAUUGGAGCCUUUAAUCUGAUGCUAUCUCUCUUACCUUCACGAAUUCUCAGGCUGUUGGAAUUCAUUGGAUUCUCUGGAAACAGGGAAGUGGGCCUUCUCCAACUACGAGAAGGAGCUUCUGGAGCUAGCUUGAGAGCCAUCUUGUGUGUCCUCACUCUUUUGUUUUAUCAUACUUACAUCUCACUGAUACUUGGUACUGGGGAAGGUAAUCUCCAAGAAGCAGAUGCACUUAUUGAACCCUACCUCAAGAAAUUCCCAAAUGGCUCUCUAAUUCUAUUCUAUGCUGCUCGGAUAGAUGUGCUCAAAGGAAACUUUGAACAGGCACAAGCAACCUUCCAGCAAUGUAUUCUUGCUCAGCAGGAAUGGAAGCAGAUUCACCACCUCUGUUACUGGGAGCUGAUGUGGAGCUAUUCUUUUCAGCAAGACUGGCUGCAAGCUUACCACUAUGCUGACCUGCUGUGCAAGGAAAGCAAGUGGUCAAAGGCAACGUAUGUAUUCCAAAAAGCAGCAAUACUGAGCAUGCUACCUGAAGAUGCUGUGAAAAGCACAGGAGAAGAUAUCGUUGCCUUGUUCAGGCAAGUAGAAGGCUUGAAACAAAGAAUUGCUGGGAAAUCCAUCCCAACAGAAAAAUUUGCAGUUAGGAAGUCCCGAAGAUAUGCAGCUGCUAAUCCUGUCAAACUGACUCUGCCAGUCUUGGAAAUGAUGUACGUGUGGAAUGGCUUUGCAAUAGUCGGGAGAAGGUCUGACCUCACAGAAAAUUUGCUGGUUACUAUUGAAAAAGCCGAAACCGCUUUACAAAAUGAAACAAAUCCAAGUGAAUUCUUUGGAGAUGACCAGUGCCUUGUCCAGUUGCUGAAAGGUCUUUGCUUAAAACAUCUGGGUAGAUUAUUACAGGCUGAGCUUUGCUUCAAUCAAGUGACACAGAGUGAAAAGAGGCUCAAGUAUGACCACUACUUAAUGCCUUUUACCUACUUUGAGUUGGGACUUCUAUAUAGAGAGCAAGGUUAUACAGAUAAAGCCAUACGGUUCAUUGAAACUGCAAAAAACAAUUAUAAAGACUACUCCAUGGAAUCUAGGUUGCACUUCCGAAUUCACGCAGCACUCAGCAGCCUUAAAGGCACACCACCAUCAACCCCUUAGUGACCAAGUGACACUGGACUACUUUUGUACAUGGCGUUGCUGGAACUUCAUAACUGAAGAGGAGGAGAUUAAACUAGUUUAAUUAUAAAUUAACUGACUGUUAUCCUGUGUGAUUUGUCCAAUGUAGCUAUUAUUUUCUAUGGUAAUUGUACUAUAAAAUAUAUAUAUAAAAAUUCUACAUUCUAUACUUUAAAGAAAAAGAAAAUCAGGAAAAACUUCUAUUUUGUUCCAUGACAGAAAUAAUAUGUCCAUUUUGACUUGAAUGAAAAUAUUUUAAAGACCAUUUUUGGCACAGUAAACUCUAUUCCAAAC